AUGGGGACAUCUGCCCGAAAGGCUGCUAGACCCACAUCCGUUCAGCGUGGUGCCGCCAGGCUCCUGGACGGUAAAGCCGUCGCAGCUGAAAUUCGGCAAGAGCUUGGAGAGCGCACAAAGGUGCUGCAGGCACAAGGCCUCAUACCUGGACUAGCGGUUGUUCUUGUGGGGCAGAGGCCUGACUCCGAGUCUUAUGUCAGAGGCAAGACCAAAGCAGCAGAGGAAGUUGGAUGUCAGGUCUUCAAUAUCAAUUUUCCGGACUCGGUCGAAGAGGUCACCCUGAUAGACCAGAUCUUGGAGUUAAACGAAGACCCGCGGGUCCAUGGAAUACUGGUUCAGCUGCCGUUGCCACACCAUAUCAACGAGCAAAACGUCCUCGACAGCAUAUCUGUCAACAAGGAUGCGGAUGGCUUGUGCUCUGCCAAUUUGGGUCUUCUUGCGCGUCCCUCUGGCAACCCACUUGCGCUGCCAUGCACGCCUGCAGGUUGCAUGGAGAUUCUGCGGAGAUACGAUGUGCCUGUUGAAGGGAAGAACUGCGUCAUCCUUGGCAGGUCUGCUAUUGUUGGCAUGCCGAUGAUGUUGCUCAUGCUGAAGCAACAUGGCACGGUGAGGCUGUGUCACAGCCGCACAGACAACGUAGCAAAGGCGUGUUCUGAUGCAGACAUACUUGUGGCAGCUGUUGGUUGUCCAGGCUUUGUAAAGGGGGACUGGCUGAAACCAGGUGUUGUAGUGCUUGAUGUUGGUAUCAAUCGCGUGCCGGAUGCUACACGCAAACGUGGCUAUCGUCUCCAGGGUGACGUGGACUUCGAGAGUGUCGCGCUGAAGGCAUCCUUGAUCACACCGGUUCCUGGGGGCGUCGGCCCCAUGACGGUGGCAAUGCUUUUGAACAACACCGUAGCUCUGGCUGAGAGUGUCUUGCGAGCAAAAAAGUUGAGGUGCCAUGAAAUGUGGAAGCUUCCGGUUGCGGUCAAUGAGCAUGGAUCUGGUUUGGGCACCCACGCUGCCCUCGAACUUUAUGCCUGGUACAAGCAAGCAACCUGUGGUGAUUACCAAGGCAGUCAGCCAUUCAGCAUGCAGGGCGCCGCCAAGUGGAGUGCUUGGAACCAGGUCAGAGGCCAUGCUCCGGAAGUGGCCAAACUUGCGUAUGUCAAGGCUCUGAACGAACAUGCUCCAGAGUGGAUAUCUGGAGGAGCUCUUGAAGAAAGCGAAACACAAGACAGAGGAGACGGCCUAUCUAUGGGCCCUGCCGUGAGCACAUUGGGUUGCAUAGGCUCCGGGAAUCCAGGAGAUGUUGAUGAGACACCUGCAGGGCAGCUUUGCCAGAAAAUCGCAGACGGUGAUGUCGAGGCCAAAGGUUGCCCUACCACUGCGUUAGUGGCUGUGAUCCGGAACCAGGAAGCUUUUGCCCUCCUUCGUCGUGAUCCCAAGCUCGCAACGGAGGCCAUUGUGUUGACGGUCUCGACGCCAACUCUUUUUGCUGCUCUGAGUCUUGAGGCUGACAAGGAUGGCAUGCUUCCUUUGCACUGGGCCGCGGAUCGGGGGGAUGUGGACAUGGUGCGCCCAAUGCAAAUGUAA